AUGGGUCCGGUUCCCCCCCGGCCGCCAGCCCCGUCUCCGCUUGUUGGGGCGCUCACCGGCUCCCCCGCCUCUUGCCCCGCAGUGCGCCGUCCAGGUGAAGCUGGAGCUGGGACACCGAGCCCAGCUUCCCCAGGCCGAAAAGAGGUAGUGGGGUGUCGCUGGGAUGGGGCUCGGAGGCGGCCCGGGGCGGGCGCGGGCGGUGGGUCUGUGCCCGUCUGCGGGAGAACAAAAGCGGCCGGCGGGGCGGUGCCGGGCUGCCGGGCUCUCCUCGCUGGUUUUGCUAACUCUGCCCCCAGCAAAUCCUUUCUGCCGUGUUUGUGGUGCGGCUGGGUCCGUGUGUCCCCGUACUGCCCGCCAUGGGUCCGGUUCCCCCCCGGCCGCCAGCCCCGUCUCCGCUUGUUGGGGCGCUCACCGGCUCCCCCGCCUCUUGCCCCGCAGUGUGCCGUCCAGGUGAAGCUGGAGCUGGGACACCGAGCCCAGGUCAGGAAGAAACCCACCGUGGAGGGAUUCACCCACGACUGGAUGGUGUUUGUCAGAGGGCCUGAGCACAGCAACAUUCAGCACUUUGUGGAGAAAGUAAUCUUUCACCUGCACGAGAGCUUCCCCAGGCCGAAAAGAGUGUGCAAGGACCCACCCUACAAAGUUGAAGAAUCUGGAUAUGCUGGUUUCAUUUUACCAAUUGAGGUUUACUUCAAAAACAAGGAAGAACCUAAGAAAGUUCGAUUUGACUAUGACUUAUUCCUGCACCUUGAAGGCCACCCACCUGUAAAUCACCUCCGCUGUGAAAAGCUCACAUUCAACAACCCGACAGAGGAAUUCAGAAGAAAGCUGCUAAAGGCAGGAGGGAUGAUGGUAAUGUCAGAUGGCACAUCAUUUUCUUCAGGGCAGAGCCUUCAUCUCCCCAGCCUUCCCAGUAACUCUCUGUCUUUUUCUGAAGUGAAGAAGAAAUCAUCUCAUGGGCCAAAGGACCCAGCUAGGAUUCUGAACAUAAAUAGCAGCAGCAGUAGUAACAGUUUUUCAAAGACCCAGAAGUUAACAAAGGAGCACAAAGAAAAAAUUUGUAAAGACUCAAAAGAACAAAAAAGUGCCUUCAAAGAACCUUCCAGGGAACAUAACAAAUCUUCCAAAGAAUCCUCUAAGAAACCCAAAGAAAACAAACCACUAAAAGAUGAAAAAAUGGUUCCUAAGAUGGCCUUCAAGGAACCCAAACCCAUGUCCAAGGAACCAAAAUCUGAAAACACCCCCAUCCUUACCAUAACGUGUGGGCAACAGCAAGAAAAGAAGACUCUCACAAAAAGGCCCUCUGUGCUGGACACUGAUGAAUCUUCUGCAAGGAAAAGAAAAAAACCCAGCUCGGAUUCAUUAUUUAAAAGUUUUCCUAGUGCCCCACCACUGAUUCUUACUUGUUCAGCUGACAAAAAACAGACAAAAGAUAAAUCUCAGCUCAAGGUGGGGAGAGUCAAAGUUGAAAAUGAUGCACUGGAAAGGAAGACGCCUACUCUGCCACCAUUUGAUGAUAUUCUAGAUCCCAGUGAUUCUGAUAUGGAGGAGAAUGUGUCCUCCAAAUCUGAGUCUGAACAGCCCAGUCCUGCCAGUUCCAGCUCCAGUUCCAGUUCCAGUUUCACACCAUCUCAAAACAACAGACAACAAGGUCCAUUGAGGACUAUAAUGAAAGAUCUGCAUUCAGAUGAUAAUGAAGAUGAAUCAGAUGAAGCAGAUGAGAAGGACAAUGAUUCUGAGUUGGAACAACCUGUAAAUACACGAGGAGGAAGCAGGAGUCGCAGGGUUAGUCUGAGUGAUGGCAGCGACAGUGACAGCAGUUCAGCUUCCUCACCUCUGCGUCAUGAUCCAGCACCACCUGUACUGAAAACCAGCAACAGCCAGAUUUUAGAAGUGAAAACUCCAAUAAAGCAAAACAAAACAGAUAAACAAAUGAAGAAUGGGGAUUGUGAUAAGGCAUAUCUUGAUGAACUAGUAGAGCUCCACAGAAGAUUAAUGACAUUGAGAGAGAGACAUGUACUGCAGCAGAUAGUAAAUCUUAUAGAAGAAACUGGACACUUUCAUAUCACAAAUACAACCUUUGACUUUGAUCUUUGUUCACUGGACAAAACCACAGUCCGUAAACUACAAAGUUACCUGGAAACAUCUGGAACCUCCUGAGGAUUCAGCAUAUGGUUGCGUCAAAAACUGUUCUUUAAAUGACGUAUGCAGAAUGAUGUGACCAAAAUGGAGGGGAAAAAAACAAAAACCUCUUCAUCUUUUAUUUUUCCUUAAAGCCAGUCUCUUGAUAAGGGAGAAAAAGUGACCAGACUCAGAGGACCACUCUUCUCAAGAAGAAAAUGCCCUGGAAGAGUUUUCCUGGAUAGCCUUGAAAAAAACCACAGAAAAAAAAAUACUUGUUCUUAAUGAAUGUGUAUGAUAUCAUGUAUCUCUCUCUGUGGUGUUCAAGUCCACAAGAUGAAUGCAUGUUCAACACACUGCCUUACUACAUAACUGAUCUAUUUAUUAUUGCAUACAUGUAUCCUAAAGUCAAUGAGUCACUGAGUGACACUACCAAUUAUUGGAGGUGGGAUGAUCCCUUGUGUGUUCUUUUGAUGCAGUACUUUCACAAGCCUAGUAACCUUAUUCAUAUUAAAAUGCCACUUCUUGCUAUCUUUCUUUAGUCAAUUAAAACACUACAGUCUUGAUUCCACCUCUGCAGUUCCAGGAAGCAAGAUACAAACUUGGUGACCAAGCAGUGGUCCUAUAUUUCAUUUCCUGUUGACCACAGCAAGUUGGACUGCAAGUCCUUGAUUCUAUCCACUUAUGGAUACUGACCAUGAUUAAAAAGUGCACCAAAUAGGUUCAUACAACUUGCUGUCUAGCCUCAGUGAAUAAACCAAUAAGACUUUUCACAAAAAAUGUUACGUACACUGUCCUGAAUCUGGCAACUCUUGCAGUCUGCAUUCUUGUGUCCAUUUAAAUGUUGCAAAAUUAAAUAUAUAUUAGAGUGAAGGUGUUCUGCAGGAGCUCAUGAUAGAAGAAAAAAUACUGGUCCUGUCUUUAAAGAAAAUGUUGUAGAAAAUUCUUAAUUUGAAGCUAUUUAUUACUUCUGUUUUCAACACUUUCUGCUGCCAGUGUGUGACUCACUUCUACCAUAAAACUUUCUGCAUAACAUUUUUGUUUGUUCAUAUAGUAUAUGAUCUGCUUAG